AUGCUUAAGAGAACUAUUUUGAGCGUGGCGCUUGCGUCAGGUGUAAUGGCUGCUGAUGAGCUCUCUUCCAUUCUCACUACCAGUGUUGGAGAUUAUUCUAUUGAUACUAGUUCAUACCUUUCAUACUAUGGAUCAGUAUUUGGCGUAUCUUUUUCAGAUUACAGUGCUUUCCUUACCUUUGGUGAAAACCUUGAUGUUUCAUCGUAUGUUUCGCACCUUUCUCAGCUAUAUAGUGCGGAUCCUUCAGCGUACAGCUCAGCUGUUGCGGCUUUCCAGUCAGAUGCCACACUUACGGCGUCAGAUACUGCCGCUGCAAGCUCAGGAGCUGGAGGAACUGGAUCGAACAGCAUUGCUGCCUCAACAACAUCUGGUUCUGGUUCCGGUUCUGAAUCUGGUUCAGGAUCUACCACAGAGACUAGUGGAAGUUCUGCUUCGUCAGGAUCUUCAAGUGCCUCAGGAUCAGCAUCUGACUCAUCGACUUCUUCAAAGGCUGGUGUGUACUCUGUGGGUGUUCCAGUUGCUGGACUUUUCGCUGCCUUGGCUUUAGUUUUAUAG